AUUAACGGUGCCCGGUAUGAUCGUUACUAUCGAGGCUUCAUGGUUAUCGCUGUGGACGCUCGGUCGGGUGACGUCACGAGACAGAUGACGUUCGACACUUACAAACACGCAGAAGCGGAUCUGGACAUGGCGAACUUCAUACGGAAUGACAUUCCUGAAACUUCUAUCGUACUGGUGGCGGUGCGUGAUGAGUCAAGUUCAAAAGCCAAGGAGUGUCUUACAGCCUUGAAGGAGAUCGGAGCACAGGAGCCGGUCAAAACCGACUACAGAGGUAACUUCGCUCUGGUUGGUUACAAGGGGAAUGUGUGGCCCACAUGGAUCCAGCAAGUCAACCUGCCGUCAGCCCAGGGACCGGCACAGAUCUACACCAAGAUUCCCCUCAUGGGCUAACGAAUGAAGAGCUACAUAAAUUAAAGAUGAAUGACGGGUACGGAUAGACCUGUAGCUCAUGUUUUAGUUCCUGUGACGAGCCAAAUUACGACAUGCAAUGAUUCGUUGAAUACAAGAUGUGAUGGAUCUUAA